AUGACCGGACGCAUUCCGAAUGAAGUGAUCGAGUUGAGCGACGACAGCGACGUCGAAAUCGAUGUCGUCGGUCUGGACGACGACCCGCCACCAACGACUGUCGUCGAACAGGAAUCUGAGCCGGCCUCCUUGAAACCUGGACCUCUAGGUUACUAUUUUGUCGCCUUUUAGUGAAUCUCUCUCUUUUUCUUCUCUCGGCUCAUCGAAUUCGCGCUUCCUCGUUGAGAUUAUCUUAUUCUAAUGAACUUCGGCAAUUUCAAAGUUCUUGGGGAUGCUGAACAUCUCCUUUUCUAAUUUUUUUAUUUAAAUUCUUUUUUUAAUUUGUUAUCGAGACUUUUUAAAAAGCUUGGAAAGCUCCAUAUAUUUCCUAGAUAAUCUCAGAAGAUUUACUUUCAUUAACAUGAGCUCAACACAGAAAAAAAAAGAAUAAAGACUUAGAAACACAUUUUCCAUUUUUCUACUUGCAGAUUCGGAAGCGAAUAAUGCCGCGGCAAUCGAGAAAAAGAAGAAAAGAAACAAGAAGAAGAAGCAGAAGAAGAAGGGCGACAUCGGAAGCUUGGACCAGCCUGGGCCCUCUGGCAUCGACCCAAGCUCUUUGAUUCCGCCUUUCAAGCCGCCUCCGCCGCCGGCGCCCGAGUUCCAAUGGAUUCGUAUUUUUGGGUACGUUGUCCACAGAGAUCAAAAGGAUCAACAACAGAAUCGGGAUAGAUGAAAUUUUUGUCACUAAAAGUAGGAAUGUCUCUGGUCUAAGUUCGUAUGCGGUGGGUCAGCAAUUGCAGUGUUUGUUUGUGUACCUGUUCAACCACGAGGUGAGAAGAAUAAAUAAAAACAGGGAAAAGGUGUCUAGUUACUCUCAAGAGUGAGUAUACCACUUGAAGAGAUAAGAUAGUAAUGAUGACCAGCAGAAGACCAAAUAGUAUUCAUUGUCCUGAUUAUUCAGAUUAAUUCAAAAAAAAUAGUACUGGAAAUAGGAUCACAUGAAGACUACUUCCGUUUCCCAGAGAGUCCUUUUCAAAAUUAACAGAAUAUUUUUCCUGUUUUUUCAAAUACUUUAUGUAGAAGAUGAUGUAAAAGUUUAUCAGAAAACGAAGUUAAGUUUCUUGUGAAAAAGUAUUAAAAAGUUUAUUUUAAUAUAGCUCUCUGCGUCAAAUAUUCUUAUUUCUAAGAUUUUAUUAGUAAAGUUAACUAUAUGAAUCACCAUUCGUUCCACUUAAACACGGAAGUUUUUCCUAGCUUCUCUGAAGUUUGAAAUCAUACUUCGUCAAAACAAGGUCAAAAGUAUCUAGUAUGAACUUUGUGCGCGGUGUUUGUUUCCGAUCCAUCGGACCCAACGGCUUCGCGACGUGUAAAUGUGUCGGCGCCGUCAGUCAGCCGGAGGGAACAGAGAAGUCAGAGAAACGGUCGUGCGACAUUCCUUCCAGACGAGCAAAACAUGUCUGCAACACUGCGCGGCUUCUUCAACGCCAAUCAAAAGCUUAUUUUUCGGGAAUCAUUUUUGAUUCGGCUCAGGGGUCUUCAGAUUAUUUGGAGGCGGAGAGAAAGAGCGGUCAGCAAUGUUUAUUCUGAGAAACGAGUACGACUUGGGUGCGACUUGCAUAGGCUAUAGAGGUGGACGGAAGUCAUGGGAUUGGAAACUCCGAGCAAGGAAAAUGCUCCUCUGAUCGCCGAAAACCGAUAGUAAGGCUGUUCAAGAAAGCAAUGCAUUUAAUUUUUUAUUUCGAAAGAAAUUUGAAAGAAUCUACCGAGUAAUUUAAAGGGCCGAAAUUUCCAGAGGUAUGCAUUGGGAAAUUUGAAAAAAUUUUUUUAGGAAGAAUUAUUCAAAAAAAAAAAAUAAAUCUUUCCUAUUCAUGUUGACGUGCUCGCACUUUAUGAUCCUUCCUUUUUCUUCCGUCAACUUUUUGCUCAUUCGUAGACAACCUUAUCUUCAAUGGGUGCAUUAUGAGUACACGCGUCCUCUACUCAUUUCAAUAAAUUUCUGAAUUCGAUACGGUUCCCUUGGCUUCAUUUACGGACUGAAAGCUGAACCAACUGUGUCAAGCUCAAAAGUUUUCUUUCGAAAACAAGCUAAUACUGUUUCGAUUAUAUUUAACAUUUGAUUCAAUUCUAGCUCUUCUCAAAACGCGUAAUCUAUAAAACACAACUCCUUUUUAUCUUUCUGCGUCUGAUAACGAUUUUAUUACAGUAGACAACGUGAAAAGAGUCUUUCUGCUGAAUAUUCGAAAGAUAAGUACGAGAAUGGGAAUCGUAACAUAUUUUCCCACCGAUGAGAAAAUUAUUUACGAAUAGAGGAAAAGGCUCUCUCCAUCUAGUCCUGCUUCAAAAAACUGUGCAAAAGAAGUUUUUGCAAUAACAUGUGACGUUUAUAACUUUUCAGACAAUAUUAUGUCUCACAGAGUGACGCAUGAAUCGACGUUUGCAGGGAUGAGCCAUCGUCUCAAGCCGUUCUCUGACGCUCAAAGUGAAAACGAAAACAACAUGAACUUUUCGGAAUCAUUCCGGCGUUGACUGAAAAGUUCAAGAGCGACGCAGGCGUUGUUCUUUCGGUCUGGUAAACUCAUGAGAUCCGGCGCUUGCAGCCAAACACAAAAAAAAAACGUUUGCAACAGACGCUUAGCAAGUCUGGGCGCGAGUCACGCGCCUGUGACGCCAGAACGCUGCUGAGGAGUGCAGAACGGAGAAAGAGAGAAAAAGAAAGACGUUCAGAGAAAUGUUCUUUGGCCUUUUUGUCUGGAUGCGGCAGCAUGUGGCCGACAAAUGGCCGCGAUUGUUGCAAGACCGACAAUUUAUACGAAUGCACCCGGAAGAUCAAAAUAAUAGCUUUUUGCUUCUUUUCUUCCUUUUUGUUGAUAGCCCUGCCCUGCUGUAGAAAAGAACUCUGGCAAAAAUAUAAAAAAAAAGAAAAAUCCGCGAAACUGACCGAAAAACUUUGGAGAGAAUUUUGACCGACAGAAAUAAUGGGAAUCGGAUUAGAUUUAGCUUAUUUAAAAAUUUUAUACUAACUACCAAUGACGAAAUUUUCAAAUUGAGAAAUGGUGGGAUAGAUACUGAUGUUUCAUAGCCCAAUCAAGAAUUUCUCACUGAGGUGCUUUGAGCACUGAAAAAAAUCAUUGAGAAUUUCAAACCAAUAGACGAUUUCAGAUAUAAUAAAUGAAAAAAAAAAAUUCUAUUUUAAAGCAAAGUUUUCAGGAUGCGUUUUCCAUCGCUUCUGCAGAAAGGGGAACCGAUGAUUCCCAUCAUUUACGCCCAGGAAAUGUUCACCGAAAAAGAUAUCAUGUUGGACAUAGCCGCGCAUUUGAGUGAGCUAUUCUGAGGGGACUCGAAAUGUAUUGUAAUCCUUUAGAACACAUAGAAGUUGAAGUGGUGUUGGCGACGCCAGCCGAGAUCCUGCUGCUUCGCGACAACUGCGACGAUCCGGAGGUGGUCUCGUUGGUCUCCGUGCCGAUGGUCCCUCGUUCGGAGCUGGAGCUCGUCAUGGGUCAGAUCCUGACCAGCAGUGUUCCCGUCCGAGGCGAAAGUGACAUUUGGUCCGUUCUCAACGAUGAAUAAUCCACUGACCUCUUUAUAGGAAUGACGACGAGAGAAUCAUCGUCUGCCACUACAACUUCUCCGACUUUACCACGGCUAGAGACGAGCAAAGCCCUGACAUCGAGGUCUACAUGGUCAGUAACCUCAACUAGGCUGUCUUUUCUCAUCUAUGGAAGUUUACAGGGAGCCGUCAAAGGCUGGCUUUUUCCUUCUAGAAUCGGAUUGAGGUCUAUCAAGUGCCUGACGUGCUGUCAGAAGUUCUAUCCUCCUGAUUUCACAUAUCAUCAUCAUUUCAACGGAGUUAACAACAAGUUAGUACCGAAUAAGUCCUAUUUUCAAAGGUUCCCGAGAACACUGAUAAAAUGCUACAAGUUAAUAAAACAUGAGGGAAGACUCAUUUUGAAAAAUUAAGCUUUCGAUGUGAUCCAAGUUACAAAAGAAAAAAUUUUUUGAAAAAUUUUUUCAAUAAUUUGUGAAAAAAAGACCUUCAUAUUUUCAAUUCCAGACUCCGAACCACAAGAAACUGGGGCGCAAACAGCAAUUUUUGGCAUCGUUGUUUGGCUCCGGCUGGCUCUUCGAGCAAAAACCGCGACCACCACAUGAAAUACGCUCAGUUCGUCAGAGCAAGUCUGCCUCUUCUGUCUCAGCCGAUAACCCUGGAGGAGUCUGACUCCGACGUGCCGGAGAGAGAAGAAGACGACAUCGAUCGACUUCUGAUGGCAGCCAUCAGGAAGGCCGAGGCUGAAGAAGCGGAGAAAAAUAAACUCAAACAGAAGAAGAAGAAAAAGAAGAAGACUAAAAAGGUCGAAGCGACGAAGCCAGUGACUGAAGCGUCGGGACCUGACUCGGAAAAUGAGCCAGAAAAUUUCGAGCGAGCCGAGGCAGUCGUGCCGAGCUACACAGAGUACUAUCUGCACUACGAGGACGGCAGACGCGAAGAGGCCCACAUUCCGUGUACCUGCGGCAAGUGUCCUGCCAUGAUGAAGGCGGCCAGUCGGCCGCGCGAACGUUCCAUCGAAGACAUCGCGCCCUACGACGUUAGUUCUCGUUCAUUUUCUGAAAGAAUGAGACAUACUCUCCGCAGCUGAAGAUAUCCAGAUUAAAGUGCCAUCCUAUAGUGCUUUCCAUUGCAAUUAUAUACUUGAAUCGAAAAUUCUGAAACUAUCAAAAUAUAGUUUUCAGCAGAUAUUCAGAGAAAAAUAUAAUAAAAGAAUUUGAAAGAGGUGGAAUAAUCAGUCACAAAGUGAAUUUGACUUUUUUUCCUCUAAUUUAAAGUAUGUAGUUUUUGAAACGUAAUGAAAAAUCUUCUCACAUGACAAUAUUAUCUCGAACAUAAUUUUUUUCUGCGCACUUUCAACAAAAAAACCUGGCAAUGAAACUUCUAAUUUUCAGUAUGCACCGGGAGUUCCAGUGUUCAAAGUCGACAACGCGCACUACUGCAAAGUUUGUUUUAUUAAAAUAAACAAAUUCUGGAUAACCGCAAAAAAUGCUUCAAAAGGAUGAAGCCCUUUCUUUACGGAUGUUGGUGCAGAGUUCAUGUUGAUCCUAGAAGUGUUUUCAGGAUGAUAAAAAGUGAUAGAAACGAGUAACUAAGCCAAGAAUGUUUCAGUGCUGCUUCGUAGACGAAAAAUAUGUGCGAACGUUCCUCAAGAAGCGCGAAGAUGCUGGUCUUCCGACUCAUUUGGCCGAAGAUGAACUGCCCUACCACCAAAUGAGCGAUUCUUCGACUUUUGCUCCUACGACGACCAAAUUGAAGCCGCUCAAAGAAUACAAAAUUGUCACCAAGGGGUUCCCAUCCGGCGAGAACUGGUCCGAGUACAUGGGUUCGUGUUUUCCCCGUUUUUUCCCCAAAAAUUUCUACCUUGACUCUGAGCUUCCACUUUCCAGAAAAAACGAGCAAGAUGGCAGAAACUGGCAAGCUGGCCUCAAACGAACUCCAGGCUCCUGCCAUCGUCGCCUACCUCAAAUCGCAGUCCAACGCGAUCUACGAAUCACCCGCCAAGUCGGCGUUCGUUCCUUACUCCAAAGAGGUCUCGUUUCCUUUCAAUAUUAUAACCUAUCUUCGAUUUCAGAAGAAAAUCGUCGACGAAAAGCCUCAGCUCAAGCCUGAUGAUUUCGAGAUCGAAAAACCGAAAGUAGAGUGCACCGGUUGGGACUUGAUUAAGGUUAUUUUAAAAACCUAUUACCAUCAAAGAUAAAUGCCGCGUCUGGCGCAAGAGAAAUGCGAGGUCAGUGACGGUACAUUGACAAACUCGCAAACAUCUAGCGCCGGUCUCGCAUUUCUCUGGGCGCGAGCUCGCAUUUCUCUCGCAAUUUCUAAACUUUCGAAAUGCGAGGUCGCACCUAGAAAAAGCGAUGUUUCCGAGUGUUUCAAUGUACCGCCAGCGUCUCGCUUUUAUCUCGGCGGUUAUUCUUAUUGACUUCGUUUUUCUGUUUUUUUUUUCUCGAAGUCGACUUUUUCAGGCCGAGCAAGAGCUGCUGAAAAAGUUACCGGACGAGGUCAUCUUCAAGAUGUUCGGUGGCAACACGGAAAACGUCGUGCCGCAGCCGACGUACCCUUCAAAACAGCCAGAAGUCGGAAAAGCCUUCGGGGGGAAGUCAACAGCGGCGCCGAUGAACCCUCUCUACCCAACUGUCCCGCCUCUCAACCAGUUUGCCGUCACUCCGGACCAGCUAAAAGCUCUGCUCGAGGUUCCAACCUUUUCUCUCUGUUUCAAUCAUCCGAAUAAAUCAGAUGAUGGGACUCGAAACACUCCCGUCGAUGAACGACUUCCUCAUGCAGAAGCAGCUGAAGCGGAAGGCCGAAGCGAACGUCGCUGCGGCUGCUGGCGCCACGCCGAACCUCGUCGCCACCCUCGAACAACUCUCUCAACUCGGUCUUCUCCCUUCCGCUAACAAUGUACGACUUGCCUGA